CGACUGCCACUCUCAUAUUUUAUUGUCUGGAAGUCUCCAUCCCCGGACACAGCUCUGCCUCUCUCUCUCUCUCUCCCCCUCUGUCUCUCUAACCCAUCUUUGAUUUCAAGCUGAAUCAACCCUCUUCAAGCCCUUUAUAGUUUCUCAUAUUUUCCCCUUAACCAAUCUUGCAACAACCAUGGUUGUUAUUCCAGUGUAUUUAGUGCUUUUCUUGGCCAUGACUAGUCAUUCAAGUGCUGCUUACUGCAUAUGUAAAGACGGACUGGGUGACGCAGUCCUUCAGAAGGACAUAGAUUAUGCUUGUGGAGCUGGAGCUGACUGCACUCCAAUCAUUCAAAAUGGUGCUUGUUACAAUCCCAACACUGUGAAAGAUCAUUGCAACUAUGCUGUCAACAGCUACUUUCAGAGGAAAGGUCAAGCUGUUGGGACCUGUGAUUUUGCAGGCACUGCCACCACUAGCCAAACUCUCAAUAGCACAAAUUCUGCAUGUGUUUAUCCUGCAAGUCCCAGCACUGCAGGAAAUAGCUCAACCACGACCCCAUCGACAAGCACAUCUCCAACAUCCUCAACCACACCUACAAGCACAACUCCCACAGUUUUUGGACUGGCCCCUACAGGAAGUGGCACAACCAGCAUAAACAGCAAGGCCAGUGUGACUCUCCACCAAAACACACACUUGUUUUGGCCUCUCACACUAACCCUUUUGUUUUCAGGCCCCAUGUUUUUAAGGGUUUGAAGAUAAUGAUAGAAGAUAUUUACAGUUGAAAGAGAGGGAUGAUGUUGUGGAUGAUAUUUUGCCACAACAGCGUGGGUGAAGGAUGUGAUUCUUCUACAGAGGUGUGCAGCAGGGAAUCAUUUGGACUAAACCUCCCACUAGGUUUUUUUCGUCUUUUCUUUACUUUUCUUUUCCUUUCCUGGGAGUGGUAAAUAUUUGGAAGAAUUGAAAGUGAUUGUUAAAACAUGCAGAUGCAAGUGUGGACUCUCUGUGCUUUGGAGUCAGUAAGACCACAAUUUUUACCUGGACAACAAAACAUAGACUCACUUGCAUCGCCGUAUUUUUGCAGUUAAUUUCAUUUCUUUUCAAUGAUUUGUAAUUCUUAAAAAAAAAAAAAAAAAAAAAACAGAACUGGAAUUUAAUUCCAUUUGAAUGGUGAUGUGGCCUACUACUUGGGGUAGAAACUGAUCUCUUUCUUUUUUUAUUUUCCCAAUUAGUUUGUAUAUCUAGGGAGGCAUUAAUUUUUUGUAUUUUAAUGAUAAUAUGCUACCCCCAUCUCCCUGGUUUUAGA